UCCAAAAUUUCUGGAUAUUCUCGCUCACACACUUCUCUCACACACACAUUGUGCCUGCAUCAUCAUCACCAAAAAUGGUGUUAACUUCUUCAAUUUCAAUAAUAUCUUCUUCAUUCUCUUCUGAUUCUCCUUCAACUUCCAAUUCCAAUUCUAACCUUUUCAAAAACAAAGCUUUUCCUUCUUUUCUUGUUGGAUUACCAAAACCACCCUUUUCAAAUUCAACUCUUAGAUUCAAACCUUCUUCAAUUUUAUCAACACAACAAACAAAUGGGUCACCGGAACAGUUCCUACAGAAUAAUUCCAUCGCCGAUUUCAUGCGUUUCAAGCGAGGGAUUGAUGGUGGUGGUGAUGUUUUGCAGACUGCAACUGUUAGUUAUAAGAAGAAAUUCCCUUGGUCCCUUUUCAACCCUUUCCUUCAGGUUGAUUUGAUUUCAACAAUUCACAUAGCUGAUGAAGAGUAUUUCCUGGCCCUCCAAAAGGAGCUUGAAUCCUAUGAUUGUGUCCUUUAUGAAAUGGUAGCUAGCAGGGAAACUUUAGAGAAAAUGAGAAAGCCUACUGCUAUAAAAAGGUUAAAAGGAUCAAACACUAGAGGUUUUAACAUUUUGGGAUGCAUCCAAAGACAGAUGGCGCGAAUUCUCGCUCUUGAUUUCCAAUUAGAUUGUCUCAAUUACCAGUCUGAAAAUUUUCUCCAUGCAGAUCUUGAUUAUGAGACCUUCCAAUUACUUCAGCUUGCAAAAGGUGAAAGCUUCUUUUCAUUUGCUAAGGAUAUGACUCUUAGAUCUACGAAGGCGAUAUUGCAGCCUUCAAUUCCAGAAGAUCUUGAUCCAUGGAGAUCGAAGCUUUUGUGGGCUUCGCGUGUACUUCCUAUGCCGCUUGUUGGUCUUCUUAUCAUUGGAAGCGUUUGUGCUGAUGUGGGAAGUCCAGCAUCAGAAUAUCCUGAAAUAGAGGCAUUGUCAAGGCUUGACUUUAGUGCGGCCAUGAAGGUCUUCCUUGCAAAGAGACUAACAUCUGAGUUGACACAAGUUGCAACAGACGUAGAGGAGAAAUCUGUUAUAAUUGGCGAGAGAAAUCGAGUUGCGAUCGAGACCCUUACAGGGGCAAUGAACAAGGGACACAAUAAGAUUGCCAUACUUUACGGGGGUGGCCACAUGCCGGAUCUCGGGAGGAGAUUGAGGGAGGAGUUCGAUUUAGUUCCGUCCGGUGUGCAGUGGCUAAAUGCUUGGUCCAUAAGGAAAAAGAAACUUAAUACUAAUUCACUUCCAUUUCUGAAGACAAUGGCCAAGGCUUCGGGUUGGCCAUUGAACCGGUAUCAGACAUUGGCGUUGCUCAUCUUUUCGUCGGUCUUGGCAUUGGAUCUGUGGUUUUGGGAGCUAUUCUUCGGCACUGCGGUGAAUUGGUUCUCCGAGGCUGCUUCGGAAGUUCUUCAGUAUGUUGGUAAUUCACCAAUGAUAUGAUCAUUGGAUUCAAAAAAUUAUACUAAUUACUAGUUAGGAUAUAAAGAAAAUCUUGUAUGUGCCUGUGUAAAAAUGAUAAGUUUUAUCAAUAAAUGUAAAAUUGUAACUAUUCCUAAGUUUUAAGAGAAUAGUUUGCAUUCAAUGAAUUGAACAUCUAUUCACUCUCUCCA